GACCUUACACCAUACGUUUCCGUACACACAAGCCCUCUUGCAAAUCCCAACCACAACCUAGAACUCCCUACCUACCUCCACCUUCACUUCUCUCUCGCCGCUCGAGUGCUCUCCAGUCCUAGAAUUCAAACAAGGGUGCAGGAUAACGAUAGUUCCACGGUUAGGUUAAGAUGGCUCAGUACAGCGCUCCCAUCGACCCCCCUACAGCCAAUGGAUCGCAGAAUGGGAAAAGAGUUGCAUACGUUACUAACUUCAGCAGGAAUUACGCAUACGUCGCCGGCCACCCUAUGAAGCCGCACAGAAUCCGGAUGACCCAUAGUUUAAUCAUGAACUACCGGCUUUACAAGAAAAUGGAAAUUUAUCGAGCAAAACCAGCCACUAAACAAGAAAUGUGUCAAUUCCACACGGACGAAUACAUCGAUUUUCUGUCGAAGGUGACGCCUGACAACAUGGAACAAUAUUCCAAAGAGCAAGGAAAAUACAAUGUCGGCGACGAUUGCCCAGUAUUCGACGGUUUGUUUGAGUUUUGCGGCAUAUCCGGGGGUGGCAGUAUGGAAGGUGCCGCCAGACUCAACCGUGGAAAAUGCGAUAUUGCGAUUAAUUGGGCCGGCGGCCUUCAUCACGCGAAAAAGAGUGAAGCUUCUGGGUUCUGCUAUGUUAAUGACAUUGUCCUCGGAAUUAUUGAACUACUCCGGUACAAACAGCGUGUUCUUUACAUUGAUAUCGACGUUCACCACGGUGAUGGCGUGGAAGAAGCUUUUUAUACCACUGAUCGCGUUAUGACUGUAUCCUUCCACAAGUACGGUGAAUACUUUCCAGGUACCGGUGAACUUCGUGACAUUGGUGUUGGCGCUGGAAAGUACUAUGCAGUAAACUUCCCAUUACGCGAUGGUAUUACCGAUACCACAUAUAAGGAGGUUUUCGAACCAGUCAUUGGGCACGUGAUGGAGUUCUAUCAGCCUGAUGCUGUGGUUCUGCAGUGUGGUGCGGACAGCUUGUCAGGUGAUAGACUGGGGUGCUUCAAUCUAAGCAUGGCGGGUCAUGCAAAUUGCGUUGAAUAUGUCAAGAAAUUCAACCUUCCAACUCUUGUGGUCGGCGGUGGUGGCUAUACAAUGAGAAAUGUCAGUAGAGCUUGGACAUAUGAAACCGGCAUCCUUGUCAACCAGAAGGUUGGGCCAAACUUGCCCUUUAGUGACUUUUACGAGUACUUUGGCCCCGAUUACGAGCUUGAUGUCCGCCCAUCAAACAUGGAAAACCUCAAUUCAAAGGAGUACUUGGAAAAAAUAAAAAUACAGGUCCUGUCCAAUCUCGAACGUACUCGACAUGCCCCCAGUGUCCAGACUACAGACGUUGGGAAAGGUUUGACAGAGCAUCAGGAGGAGCAAGAUGCAAUUUUAGACGAUAUUGAUGAGGACGGCCCGGGCAUGGAUGCCCGUCAAACUCAGAGGCAGUGGGAUCGCGCAACAGAGAAGGAGGGAGAGCUGUACAGUGACAGUGAGGAUGAAGAGAUCACAAGUUCAAUGGGAGUUCGGAAAACUAGCAAAAAAGGGCUGCGCAAUGUUCGGGAUUGGAAAGAGGGUGGUUCCGGGACAGGAUCCGGAAAUGCAACUCCCUUCACAGGACCUGGCGGAAGCGAUAAUGCAAGUGAAUCCGCCGGUGGUAACACAGCUAAAGGCAGUGGAGCCACAAGCAAACGAGAUGGAGAAGGUCGUGACCUCACCGAGUUCGACGAGGAACUCGAGGCAUUGAGAAAAGAGACAGAAGAAGAGGUUCAACCCGACAACGACGGAGACGUAGAGAUGGGAGAUGAUGAGCAGCCACCGCCAAGUGCCGAUGCUCUAACAGAUGAAGUAGCGGAUGAAGAAAUGACCGAUGUUCCCGCACAAUCUUCAACAUCCUCAACAAAAGUAGACCCUAUCCCCACGGCGGAAUCCUUAUCCCAAGCCAAGCCCGAGGCCGCAACCACUGACGACAAGAUCAGAGUCGAGGCUAGCGAAUUUUCCAAAGCAGAAACUCCUGCGAAGGGUUCCGGUUCCGGAGUACCUAAGCCCUCCGAGUCUUCUGUUGCAAAUGCAGCUCCCGAGGGAUCUAAUUCUAUGGCGUCUACCACUGACAGACAUAGCUCAAAACCUCCUCUCGUGGCAGACGAGUCUGUAUCAAGUACCGCUAAGGCUCCUGCCAACCCGGUUGAGGCUCCCGCCAAAGAAGAGAAAUAAGGACUUGCGUACUUCUGGGUGACUCUAUCCCCAUUAAAGCUCUUUCUUCUCUCAUUUCCGAUACACCCAGUAAAGUCAUCAGGUUAGGGGUUAAUUACUUUGGACUGUACCUUUCGCCUCUGGGACAAGUGAGAGGCUUACAAUGAUGCCCAAAAAUAUGGUACAGGCCUAUUAUUGCCCGGAUUCAACUCUUUUGAAAGGAGGAAUAGUUUGCCACUUCUUUCCCCAUGUGUUCUUGUCAGCCAUCUCUGUGUUUUUAGUUAGCCUUUUCCCUUGGUCUGAGCGGUGGAACCUUAGUUCAAAACAUGUAUUCUACAAGUACAAUUUCUUCAAGAUUGGUAACUAUCCCCUAGGGUUCAAUCGUAUCAAAAA